CCUCCCUCCCCACUUUAUUUUUUUCUAUUUUUUUUUAUUUUUUUAUUAUUAUUAUUUGUGUGUGUGCGUGCGCGGGUGUGUGCGUGUGUGUUUGUUUCUGCAUGAAAAGAGGGGGGAUCGGAAGAGGAGUCCUGCGCGGAAACUCUGCGGCGGCGGCGGCGAGGCGGCGGCGGCGGCGGCAGCAAUGCCGCGGAGAAAGCAGCAGGCACCCCGGCGCUCCGCAGCAUAUGUUCCUGAGGAAGAACUGAAAGCAGCAGAAAUAGAUGAAGACAGCGUGGAAGAUGAUGGGCUGUCUCUGGACAUCCAGGAGAAUGAGUAUUUGUGCAAUGAAGAAGCGGAGAUCAAAGAGGCUCAAAGCUACCAGAACUCCCCAGUCAGCACUGCAACUAAUCAGGAUGCAGGCUAUGGUUCGCCGUUUAGUGAAAACAGCGAUCAGCUGGCCCAUUUCAAAAGCACUUCCUCUAAAGAAGAGAAAGAGGAUCCUCAGUGCACAGACAAUGUUUCCUAUCCACAGGACAGCUUGGCACAAAUAAAAGCUGUGUAUGCAAAUUUGCUUUCAGAGACUUGCUGGUCCAGUUUAGCUUUGGACUUAAAGAAAUCCAAUCCAACCACCAGCAACAAUGGAAUCAGCCAGAAUGAAAACACCACCAAUACCGACACCAAUGCCAACUCCCAGAGUACUAGUACUACCAGUACCAACACUAGCACCAGUACAACUACCAGUAAUACUAGUAACAGUAAUAAUAACAGUGGUGGCUCAGGUUAUGACUGGCACCAAGCUGCAUUAGCUAAAACUUUGCAGCAGACCUCAUCGUAUGGACUUCUCCCAGAGCCUAGUCUUUUCAGCACAGUACAGCUUUACCGGCAAAACAAUAAACUUUAUGGGUCUGUGUUCACCGGUGCUAGCAAGUUCCGAUGCAAAGACUGCAGUGCAGCCUAUGACACACUGGUGGAGCUAACAGUGCACAUGAAUGAAACUGGACAUUACCGCGAUGACAACAGAGAUAAAGAAGCUGAUAAGACCAAACGGUGGUCAAAGCCUAGAAAACGAUCACUUAUGGAAAUGGAAGGCAAAGAGGAUGCCCAAAAAGUGCUGAAGUGCAUGUACUGUGGGCAUUCGUUUGAGUCUUUGCAAGACCUCAGUGUCCAUAUGAUAAAAACAAAGCAUUACCAGAAAGUGCCUCUGAAGGAGCCAGUACCAGCCAUCACUAAAUUGGUCCCUUCUACCAAAAAGCGAGCACUUCAGGACUUGGCUUCACCUUGUUCACCUGAGCCAACAGGGAUCACUGCAGAAGCUUCACUGGGUGAGUCUGCAAAGGAUCAGAAAACUGCCAAUCCCUAUGUGACUCCAAACAACCGCUAUGGCUAUCAAAAUGGUGCUAGCUACACUUGGCAGUUUGAGGCACGCAAAGCCCAAAUACUGAAAUGCAUGGAAUGUGGCAGUUCCCACGACACUUUGCAGCAGCUCACUGCUCACAUGAUGGUCACUGGUCAUUUCCUGAAGGUGACCAAUUCUGCUUCCAAAAAAGGCAAACAGCUAGUGUUGGACCCUGUGGUGGAGGAGAAGAUACAGUCUAUACCUCUUCCACCCACCACCCACACAAGGCUACCAGCCUCCAACAUUAAAAAGCAGCCUGAUUCCCCAGUGGGCUCCACAAACUCGGAGGAAAAGAAAGACCUAGAGAAGGAAAAGGUGGUGGUCACUGAAACAGAAAAAAAGAUUAAAGAAGAGAAUGAGGACUCGACAGAGAAAUUUGAGCCAACAACUUUGUAUCAAUACCUCAGAGAGGAGGACCUAGAUGAUAGUCCCAAAGGCGGAAUAGACAUACUGAAAUCCCUGGAGAACACAGUGACAACAGCUAUCAGCAAAGCUCAGAAUGGAGCCCCUUCCUGGGGAGGGUAUCCCAGUAUUCAUGCAGCUUACCAGCUCCCGGGAACAGUCAAACCCCUUCAGCCUGCAGUGCAGAGUGUUCAAAUGCAGCCGUCUUACGCAAGCAGUGUAAAAUCACUGUCAUCAGAACACAACGCACUCAUCCAUUCCCCAGGCAAUCUCACACCCCCACCUCACAAGAGCAAUGUAUCUGCUAUGGAAGAACUCGUGGAGAAAGUUACAGGUAAAAUCAAUGUGAAGAAGGAAGAAAAGCCUUUGGAGAAAGAGAAGAGUUCUCCAGUCAAACCUGUGUCACCUGCUGCUAAAGAAAACAAGGACUUCCCAAAAGCAGAAGAAAUAAAUAACAAACAGCAGCUGAAGAAGGGCUCUGAGUCAGAAGUUCAAAAGGUCAAAAAGGAUAGUCCAUCAGAAGCACAUACGCCAAACGGUACAGAGCCACUUAAAACAAAGGUUGCAAAUGGCUGUAACAAUUUAGGAAUUAUCACAGAUCAUUCACCUGAGCCAUCCUUCAUUAAUCCAUUGAGUGCUUUACAGUCCAUUAUGAAUACCCACUUAGGCAAAAUUUCUAAGCCAGUAAGCCCCUCUCUGGACCCAUUGGCCAUGCUGUACAAAAUUAGCAACAGCAUGUUGGACAAACCCAUUUACCCUACCACACCAGUCAAGCAGGCUGAUGCUAUCGACCGGUAUUACUAUGAGAACAGCGAUCAACCUAUUGAUUUAACUAAGUCCAAAAACAAGCCUCUUGUUUCCAGUGUGGCUGACUCUGCUUCAUCCCCGCUUAGGGAGAGUGCCCUGCUGGAUAUUUCCGAUAUGGUGAAGAACCUCACGGGGCGUUUGACACCCAAGUCUUCAACUCCGUCUACUGUGUCAGAGAAGUCUGAUGCUGACGGGAGCAGUUUUGAGGAAGCUCUGGAUGAACUGUCACCAGUACACAAGAGGAAGGGCAGGCAGUCCAACUGGAACCCUCAGCAUCUUCUGAUCCUUCAAGCCCAGUUUGCUUCCAGCUUGAGGGAGACCCCAGAAGGCAAAUACAUUAUGUCGGACCUAGGUCCACAAGAGCGGGUACACAUCUCUAAGUUUACUGGUCUUUCCAUGACCACAAUUAGCCACUGGCUGGCCAAUGUGAAGUAUCAGUUAAGGAGGACAGGGGGAACUAAAUUUUUAAAGAACUUGGACACAGGACAUCCUGUUUUCUUUUGCAAUGAUUGUGCCUCUCAGUUCAGGACUGCUUCUACAUACGUAAGUCACUUAGAGACACACCUAGGGUUUAGUUUGAAGGAUCUGUCAAAGUUGCCACUUAAUCAGAUUCAAGAACAGCAGAAUGUUUCAAAAGUCCUCGCAAACAAGACUUUGGGCUCACUUGGAAUUGCCGAGGAGGACUUAGGCUCCACAUUCCAAUGUAAGCUCUGUAACCGAACUUUUGCAAGCAAGCAUGCAGUCAAACUGCACCUUAGUAAAACACAUGGCAAGUCCCCAGAGGACCAUCUGAUCUAUGUAACUGAGUUAGAAAAACAAUAGCGUCCAGAACUGGUUUGUGAAGAUAUUGUGCAUGCAGUCCUUGGAAGAAGGAGAGCUGUGUAGUACUCGAGGGGUUAGGAAGCCACAACUGUAUAAGUUAAAUAAUAAUUAAAAAAAAGCAAACCAAGUUGCCACUAUGCCCAAAUCCUCUGGAUGCUGAUAAUUGCCACUUUUUGGCAAAAAAAAAGAAAAAAAAAAAGUAUGCAAGCUGUUAUUUAAAACAAAUGUAAAAAUGCUUUUUCUUUCCCUUUUUUUUUUUUUUCUUUUUUUUUCUGUAAAAUACUGCAGUUUAUAGUUAUUUACAAAUGUUAAGCUUUGGUACAAGCUGACCUUUCUAUAGUGUGCUGCAUUGGUAAAUGAAAACAAAAAAAAUGGGGCAAAUGUUGGAUUCUGUUCCUUGUAAAUUGCCAGCAUCAGCUUAAAAAAAUACAUGUUACAUAUCGUACCAUUUUAAACUGUUCAACUUUCUUUGUACCUUCUGGCUGUAUGCUUUCUCUUUUAACUUUUUAUAUUGUCAUUUUAUAUUCAAUUUCUGUGUAUAUAAUGUAAAACCACACUUUUUGAAUAAAAUUUAGUUCCUGCAGCUUGAUAUAAAUAGAGGAAUUUUACUGGCACCUGCAUCUUUCCAGAUGCAUGUACGUAAAGGAACUAUCUGACAAAAAAAAAUAAAUAAAUAAAAAUAAAGCAAGCAAUGCACUAUGAAUUAUACAUUUUGAUGUUUUAUCAUUAAUAUUGUACAGUACAUUUUGGUUCACACAAUUAAAUCCACUGUUUUCUCAAGUGUAAAAUAAACCCACAUGCAGUUCUUGAUUUA